GUGCGGCUGCAGACCCAGACCACACAUCGGGGCAUCAUUGAUUGUAUGGUCAAGACUUACCGCCACGAGUCGGUGGCCCCUGGGCUUGUCAAGGGAAUGAGCUUCCCCAUCGCCAGCAUAGCUGUGGUCAACUCUGUCCUGUUCGGGGUCUACAGCAGCACCCUGCUGGUACUGAGAGCCACCUCCCACCAGGAGCGGCGGGCCCAGCCGCUCAGCUAUACGCACGUCUUCAUAGGCAGCUGCACAGGGGGGUUCCUGCAGGCCUACUGCUUGGCCCCUUUUGACCUCCUCAAAGUCUGGCUACAAAACCAGACAGAGCCCAAGGGGAAGUCAGGGAGCCCCCCACCCCAGUACCACGGGCCCGUGCACUGCGCGGCCUCCAUCUUCUAGGCCGAGGGGCCCCGGGGGCUGAUACAGGGAGCCUGGGCCCUGACGCUGCGGGACAACCCCACCCUGGGAAUCUAUUUCGUCACCUACGAAUGGCUGUGUUGCCAAUGCACGCCGGAUGGCCAGAACCAUUCCUCUACCCCAGGCUCGGGCACAGUGCUGGUGGCAGGGGGCUUUGCCGGCGUCACCUCCUGGGUCACAGCCACCCCCUUAGCCGUGAUCAAGUCCCGGAUGCAGAUGGCGGGGCUGAGGCAGAGGGUGCACCAGGGGCUGCUGGACUGCAUGGUGAGCAGUGCCUGGCGGGAAGGGCUGGGGGUCUUCUUCCAGGGGCUCAGCAUCAACAGUGCCCGUGCCUUUCCCGUCAACGCCGUCCCCUUCCUCAGCUACGAGUACCUCCUCCACUCCCGGGGAUGA